AUGAGUUUCUUAUUGGAACUCUUGUUGAGAUGUUUCCUCUUGUUGAACUCAUGGAACUAAUCGAAGCUUUUGAAAAGCAAAGGCCUACUUCUAUACGUACCAACACUCUUAAGACUCGGAGACGGGAUCUGGCUGAUGUACUUUUGAACAGAGGAGUUAAUCUAGACCCAUUAAGCAAGUGGUCAAAAGUUGGACUUGUCGUUUAUGAUUCACAAGUUCCAAUUGGUGCAACUCCUGAAUAUUUGGCUGGUUUCUAUAUGUUGCAAAGUGCUAGUUCCUUCUUGCCAGUGAUGGCUCUUGCUCCUCGAGACAAGGAGCGCGUAGUGGAUAUGGCGUAA